UGGGCGCCCCCUCGGCGCGCGGCUGCUGCUUCCUCCCGCUCCGGGGAAGCGCGUGGGGCCCGGGGAACAUCGCGGGGCCCGGGCUGCUCUCGGCUCGUCCGUUCCUGGUUUCUCCUUGGACCAAGAUGACUGAUGGAAACCUUUCCACCUCUACAAAUGGCGUAGCCUUGAUGGGCAUUCUGGAUGGUCGACCAGGAAACCACAUUCAGAACCUGCAACACUUGAAUCUCAAGGCACCCAGAUCCCUCUCGCUGCCUGAGUAUGGGCCCAAGCUGAAACUUGGUGCUUUAGAAGAUCGGCACAGCCUUAAGUCGGUGGACUCGGGCAUCCCCACCCUAGAGGUUGGCAACCCAGAACCCGUGCCCUGCAGCGUGGUCCACGGGAAGAGGAAACAGUCCGAGUCGGAGAUCGUCCCCGAGCGAGCCUGCCAGAGCGCAUGCCCACUGCCGUCCUAUGCGCCACCAGCCCCCACCAGCGCCGAGCGGGAGCAGAGCGUGCGGAAGUCCUCCACGUUUCCCAGGACGGGCUACGACUCGGUGAAGCUCUACAGCCCCACCUCCGAAACCCUGAACCGCAGUGACAAUGUCUCCGUCUGCAGCGUGUCCAGUCUCGGCACAGAGCUGUCAACCACGCUGUCCGUCAGCAACGAGGACAUCUUGGACCUCGUGGUCACGAGCAGCUCCAGUGCCAUUGUGACCCUGGAGAAUGAUGAUGACCCACAGUUUACUGAUGUCACCCUGAGCUCCAUCAAGGAAACCCGUGACCUGCAGCAGCAGGACUGUGAUGAAACUGAGGAGGGAAAGAAAUUGAAAAUAUUGGGACCAUUUAGUAACUUCUUUUCAAGGAAUUUGCUUGCUAGAAAACAAAAUGCAAGACUUGACAAACACAAUGACUUGGGAUGGAAGUUAUUUGGAAAAGCACCACUCCGAGAGAAUGCUCAGAAAGAGUCAAAGAAAAUACAAAAGGAAUAUGAUGACAAGGCUGGACGACCUAGCAGGCCACCCUCUCCAAAGCAGAAUGUGAGGAAGAAUCUUGAUUUCGAGCCACUUUCCACCACCGCGCUCAUCUUGGAAGACAGGCCAGCAAAUCUCCCGGCGAAGCCAGCUGAAGAGGCUCAGAAACACAGGCAACAGUAUGAAGAAAUGGUGGUUCAGGCCAAAAAACGAGAGCUGAAAGAAGCCCAGAGGAGGAAAAAGCAGCUGGAAGAAAGAUGCAGAUUAGAAGACAGUAUUGGAAAUGCUGUCCUUACCUGGAAUAAUGAGAUUUUGCCUAACUGGGAAACAAUGUGGUGCUCUAGGAAAGUUCGAGAUUUAUGGUGGCAGGGGAUCCCUCCCAGCGUGAGAGGCAAAGUCUGGAGCUUAGCCAUUGGCAACGAGUUAAAUAUCACCCAUGAACUCUUUGACAUCUGUCUUGCCCGAGCCAAGGAGAGGUGGCGGUCCUUUAGCACAGGAGGCUCUGAAGUGGACAGUGAAGAUGCUGGUUUUUCAGCAGCAGACAGAGAAGCCAGCCUGGAGCUUAUUAAACUGGACAUUUCCAGAACCUUCCCUAAUCUCUGCAUUUUCCAGCAAGGUGGGCCGUACCACGACAUGCUGCACAGCAUUCUGGGCGCUUACACUUGUUAUCGACCGGAUGUGGGCUAUGUUCAGGGCAUGUCCUUCAUAGCAGCCGUGUUGAUCCUGAACUUAGAUACUGCAGAUGCCUUCAUUGCUUUUUCUAAUCUUUUGAAUAAACCAUGUCAAAUGGCAUUUUUUCGAGUGGACCAUGGCCUUAUGUUGACUUAUUUUGCUGCAUUUGAGGUAUUCUUUGAAGAAAAUUUGCCGAAAUUAUUUGCCCAUUUCAAGAAAAACAACUUAACUCCAGACAUCUACCUAAUUGAUUGGAUCUUUACUUUAUACAGCAAGUCUCUGCCCCUCGACCUGGCCUGCCGUAUAUGGGAUGUGUUCUGCCGGGACGGGGAGGAGUUUCUGUUCCGCACGGCCCUGGGCAUCCUGAAGCUGUUCGAGGACAUCCUGACCAAGAUGGACUUCAUUCACAUAGCCCAGUUCCUGACGCGGCUGCCCGACGACCUGCCGGCCGAGGACUUCUUUGCUUCCAUAGCUGCGGUGCAGAUGCAGAGUCGAAACAAGAAGUGGGCUCAGGUACUGACCGCACUGCAGAGGGACAGCCGGGACGUGGAGAAAGGAAGCCCGUCUCUCAGACACUGAGGCGGCAGGCGGACUUGCGCUCGGUGCUGAAGCACGGCUCCAGGCGGUGCCUGUGGUGCCGCAGGCAGACACGCAGGCGGCUCAGAAGAACAGGGGCUGUUCCAUGUUUGAUUCCUAGUACUGGAGUUGGCCUUAAACAAAAUAGAACAACAACAAAAACUUUUAAAGAAUUAAACCAAGGCUCAGCCUUAAGAAGCUCAGUGGGAUGAUGGCCUAAUAUUGACCGUGGUCACCACUGCAUAUUCUGCAUGGUUUAAAAAUAGGGCAGUGGCUAAUCCCCUCCCCUCAUCAGCAAAAGUUAAUUAAAUUGUAAUGCUUUUAUGUCAACUACUGGAAAGUACAUUACAAUCUUUCAUAGCCGGGGUGCAUGAGAAAUGUUGUUUGGAGACCUCAGAGAUGUUAUUGGCUCAUAUUUACAUAUUUUAGUAAGAAAGGGAUUGCUGGUUUAGUUACCAAGAUAAUCUUUCCUGAGCCGGAGGUCUUGUUUUUGAAGCCCAUCUACCAAAGAUAGCAUUACAGGACGACAGGCUCUCAAUCCUGGCGAGUGCGCUCGGGCUCCCCGGACACGGUCUGACCUUCAGGGUGACCUUUUACCAUAUUGCCUUGACAAAAUUACAGCACGAGGGCUGAAAAUGCACGCCUAGACUCCUGCGGGCAGCCUGCCCUCCCAGAGAUUGCUCCCACAUUUGCUGAGUAAUGCGAGCUGGAGCAGGAAGAGCUGCUCACGGACGCCUGUGACAGUGAAGACGGGCUUAAAGCUGGUGGAGAACAGAAUGGAGACAGCCUCCCUUUAAGCAGAGGGGAGGGGAGAGGAUGUUGAGACGUGCCCGCUCCUGCAGCCUGUCGUUUCUAUGGAGGCUGGGGGCGGGCGGGCGCGGGGCCGCUGCUCCCUGGCUGUGACAGCUUGCUCCUCUCUGUCACCUGAUGGCAGGUGCAGUCCUGCGUGCAGUCAUCCCGCCUCACGCGUUUAACGCAAAGGUAGAUGGCUGUCAGGGCUGAGCAGCACCCACCCGGCAGCCCAGACGGCCUGGCCAGAACGCUCAGCAUCCGAACCGUCAGCCUGUCCCCGUCGCAGCUGCUUUCCCCCAGGUUCAUUAGCAGCCUUUUUGUUGUAGCUUUUUCUUGACUAAUUUGGAGAACUUCGUAGUAAGAACUUUGGUUAUCCAAAUUCUAAGAAAUGAACACUUUUUGCAGAGGAGUCCAGAGGGCAGGCAGAUCUCUAUGGAAACGGGUUGCCAUGUGCUGCUGCGUUAGUGUGCUGGUCUCUGGGAGGGCUCGGCGGGCCAGGCUCAAGGGCGUCUCCUGUCUGCAGCGAGUGCUGGCGGGGCCUGCCACCCUGCAGCCCGCCUCAGCCACACACCCCCAACCCCCGGAGUGCCCGUGGCUGUCCUCGUUUCUGACCCCGGGAGCCCCAGCUCUGAGCAUAGUGCAGCAAGGAGAUGCGGGCUGGCGGCAGAGCCUAACUGUGGCGUUAUUUUUGUAGGUUUUCUAUAUCUGCCAUGUCUGCUGAUGACACUUCAGGUGCAGAGCAAGUCCCAAGCCAGUGGCAGUCCUCGUGCCCCGUAUUGUUUUUUCCCCUCCUGUUCCUGACUGAACCUUCCAGGAGGUGGCGGAGCUGAGCACGUGUACCACUUUCUGCCUCAGCCUUUAAAUGCUGACUUGCCCGACGUCUUGGAGGAGGCGUCUGUCUCCACCGAGCUCUCGGCAGCCUUCUAGACGCAGCCGUUCCCCGACAUCACGGGCCGAGGCCCUUCCGCUGUUGCUCACGGAUGUACUCAGUUUUAUUCCGUGAUGUGGGCUUUCUGUUCCUGAAAGAUGUAUAUAUUUUCUUACUGUACAUAAAGAUGUUCCUUAAGUGGUGACAGAAAGCAAGGGGACAGGGCGGCGGGCAGGCCUCCAGAAAGCAUUCUUGGGACCCCGGGGUGGUCAGACCCUAGCCUCAACGCUGUUGUCAGUUUGAUACAAACCUCGUGGGCAGCACCAUGUAUGCAUUCAGUUUUCGAAUAGGAUUCCAGGCCAGUCUGGAAAACCUCCAAGUCUUCAGUUCAGAAGAGGUUCUCGUGACCUGUUCAGGGGCCACACGAGACCUAGCUGGUUCGAUACGUCCACUUCAGAGGCUGGGAAGGUCUGAGUCCCCGUCUGGGGUCACCUCGCCCCUUUCCACGGAGGGCAGAGGGCCGCCGGCCUGCACAGGGCUGUGCUGCUCUGCUUGACAAUCCCGUUUAGUAAAACUGGAAACAAAUUGAAAUGCUGCCCCCAAGGGGGUGGCCCUCUGCCCUUCCCACACCGUUGGUUUUCAGAGCCUGGGUCUUCUGGUUCAGGACUCCGGGCAGCUGGCACUUUUAGGGUUGAAAGUGGUGUCCCCACCAGUCAUCAAAAUCCCAUCUGGAAAAAUGUUCACUUCAAAAGGUACUUUUUAACUGCUCAGUUUUUUGACUAUUUUAAAUAGUUUGCUGAUAAAAGACUCCUGAUGACACUUGCUACAAUAUCAUGUUUUAAUUGCUUGUACAGUUAACCUUUAAUUUUAUUUAGUAAAGUGUAUCAAACUAGGACUUUUUGGAUUGUAAAUAUGUGGUUUUAUUAAAUAAAAGUCAUGUAAGAUUGUUACUUA